AUGGAUACUCAAAAACUUUCAUCAUCAUUUCUAACCCUAAUAGUACCAUUCUUGUUUUUCAUUCUCUUUACCACUUUACCAACUACACAAGCCUCAUCAACAUCAUCCCAAUUAGUUGAAAACAUAUGUAAAGAAACAAUAAACUACCUCAAAUGCAUCGAAGCUCUAGAAGCCGAUCCCCGAACCAAAUCACCGAAAAAUCUCAAUGCUUUCGCCAAAGACUCCAUUGGUUUAGCAAUCAAGAACGCGAAAGAAAGCUUAUAUUUCAUCCAUAAUCUAUUAAAAAUUAAUAAGAUGACGAGUAGUAGUAGUAGUGGUAGUACAAGACGAGCAGUUCUUAAACAAUGUGUUGCAUCGUAUAAAGCAGUGAUUGGGUCCUUUAAAAGCGCGCGUACUGAGCUCUCUGAGGAUGCUAUGUCGGCAAAUUACGAUGUCAUGGUGGCCGUAGACUACAUUGAUAGUUGCGAAAGCGAGAUGAGUUUGAAAAAUGUUCAAGUUUUGUCAAUGGCUGAAAGAAACAAUCAAGUUAGAUUGUAUAGUAGUAUUGGAUAUGUUAUUACUAAUAAACUUGAUUAA